CGACAAUCUUUGUAUUUGGGGGCCAAAUUAGUCAAAAAAAGUGCCUUGAGCUAUAUCAUAAUUUAGUUCUGACAGCUUUAAAUUGUCAUAUUCGACCAUAAACUGAAAUACAAGAACACAAAAUGCAUCCUAGCACUCAUGUUGUUGUGAUUGGAGCUGGAAUUGGUGGAUUGACACUUGGAGUAGUACUGCGUAGAUGUGGUCUGCGGGUUACAAUCCUUGAGCAGGCCUUAAAAAUUUCUGAUAUUGGAGCCGGCAUCCAACUUGCACCAAACGCGACAAGAAUCCUGAGACGAUUUGGUCUCUUGGAUGAGAUUCUCAAACAUGCGAAUCACCCUUCAGGCACUAUCAUUCGGCGAUACUGCGAUGAUGCUGAGAUAGGUCCACGAGCGCACAAGCGCGCUAGCCAAAGCCGCUUUGAUACACCUAUGCUGGUGAUUCACCGGGGCGAUCUUCAAAACGUGCUGCGAGAAGCCGCACUCAGAGAGGGCGUUUUAUUGCGUACCAAUGCCAGAGUAACUGCAGUUGAUACUGAACUUAUAGCAAGAGUCACUUUGGCCAGCGGAGAACAAGUGGUGGGUGAUGUUCUCGUUGGUGCAGAUGGAGUUAAUAGUAUAGUUCGAAGAACAAUGGCUACUUGUUCUGGGUUAGAAGACCGAAUUAUGCCCACCGGAGACGCGGCAUACCGAAUUUUAAUACCCAGAGACAAGUUGGUUGACAAUGUUGAAUUCUUGACAGAAAUUGACGAGUUAUUGAGCACCCGCUGGCUCGGACCUGAUGGACAUAUCAUGGCCUAUCCUAUCCGUGGCAACACACUCUACAAUGUUGUCAUGGUGCAUCCUCAAAAAAUGGAUGCUAAUUCUGACAAUGAGACCGACAUCUGGGUGCGCAAGGGGCAUAUUAAGGAUCUUUGCUCUUUUUACGGAAAAUGGAGUCCCAGGGUUCAGCAACUUGUGGGCUGUAUCGAUCCUGCACAGAUAACGGAAUGGCCACUCAAUACCCACUCGAAUCUGCCUACGUGGUUCAGUAACCGGGCAUGCCUCCUUGGGGAUGCAUGUCAUCCAAUGCUUCCUUAUGUGGCUCAAGGUGCGGCCCAAGCCAUGGAAGAUUCUGCGGCGUUGGGUGUAUGUCUCUUCUCCGCGGAUAACUUGCAAACUGCUUUUUCGACUUAUGAAAGUGUGAGAAAAGAAAGAGCGGAAUAUAUUCAGGGAUCUGCAAGCGCCAUGCGGAAGGUACUUCAUCUAUACGACGGACCGGAACAGAAGGACCGCGAUGCUAGGAUGCGUGCUCCAAGAACGAGUGAUUGGAAGCAUCCAGAUCUUUGGGAAGACCCAAGCUUCCAAGAGCUAGUCUGGGCUCACGAUGUUGUACUGGAGGUGCAGAGGAAGUUCGCCAGCUCCACAAAUUUCCAUCAGAAGAUGUCGAAUGUGAACCUUUGCACCAACGGUGAGUACAACAUGAAAGCAUAGCACUAACUCUACUGUACGGGACAUCUCCAGGAAUGUUUGUAUAAAUCUAUAUGACACUAGUCUUAUUUAGGCAUAUUAUACUAAGAUUUUAUAAAAUA